AUGGUAGUUGCUAAUAUUCCUAGGGUCGUGGCUAACUACAUGAUGUGGAGGGUUGUUCAAGAAUCCUUGCCCAGGUUAUCGGAGGACUGGAGAAAUUUGCUCCAAGAAUUCUGUUCAGUGGUUUCAGGAAAAAAAGAACAAGAACCUCGUUGGGACACUUGUAUAUUUUCCUUCAGCGAAGAUUUAGGAGUGGCUCUUGGCUACCACUAUGUAAAGCAUUACUUCAAUGAAGAAAACAUGCAUGGUGCGCUGGAGAUGGUUCAUUAUAUACAUAAAGCAUACUUAAAUAUGCUAGAAAGGAAUGAUUGGAUGGACGAAAAAACUAAAACAAAAGCCAUAGAAAAGGCCAAUGCCAUAAUGACACUUGUUGGAUAUCCGAAAGAGCUUAUGAAUGACUCUUUUAUCUCUGAGUAUUAUAAAAAUUUAACUCUUAAUAAUAUAAGUUAUUUUGACAACAUGCGGAAGAUAAAGAAGUGGUCAGUUGACAAAACCUUCUCCCGUCUAAGAAAACCUAAUAAAAGAGGAGAGUGGAACGAAUUCGCAGAAAUCGUAACAAUUGUAAAUGCCUAUUAUACAGAAACAGAAAACACCAUAACUACCUUAAUUUUGGAGGUAUUGGACAUUUUGUUGGCCAUGAAAUUACACAUGGAUUCGAUAAUACGGGCAUGGUGUGACAAUUUAAGACCAGAAAUGCUGAAAUAUUUCAUUUUGUCAAUGGUACACAGCCCUCAAAAAUUUAGAGUCAACGGAGCAAUUUCUAAUCAACCAGAAUUUGCAAAAGAAUUUGGUUGCAGAGCAGAUUCAACGAUGAAUCCAAGAAAAAAGUGCGAGGUUUGGUAGAAGAGUCAACUGAAUACGCUACAAUAAUAAAUAAACUAAAUUUUAGAAAAUAUUUUAUUCGUAAUUUUAU